UUAAGACGAACACGUUGAAUCCUGAAUCAGAAACGAAUAGAAAGAAUUGGCUGGAGGAAGCGUAGGUGAGUGACGGUAGAGUGCAGAACCGUUGAUCACGGUGGAGAUGGAAGCACCGCAGUCGCAGUCACAGAUGCAGGUGCAGGUGCAGUUGCAGGGUAACAGCAGCUCCAACCCCAACCCUAACCCUGAUCCUAGCCCGAUUCGGAGUACGGGGGGAAUUUGGCCAACAAUCGACGGACCUCUGGGGCUGUCGGAGGAAGAAUCAGUGAGCUACGCUCGGCGGUUCUACAAGUUCGGGUUCGCACUUCUUCCUCUUCUUUGGGCCGUUAACUGCUUCUACUUCUGGCCCGUCCUUCGCCACUCUCGCUCCUUCCCUCGCAUUAUAUUGUAGGAUCAGCAGUUGGGUUCACAGUAUUCUCGGCGCUUCUCUGUACCUGGGCUCUAACAUUUUCGCUUGGAGGGGAACGCCUCUUUGGGCCGGUCUGGGAUCAAUUGGUUAUGUACAAUCUUGCUGAUAGGUUAGGUUUAACAGCCUGGAACUAGUUGUGUUGUGUGUGGCACCUCUAGGCCUUUAAUCACGAUGGAAGAAAAUAUGUUGAUGCCUGUAUCUAGUUACUUGGAUUUAUACUUACUGAGACAUUGAUUUAGGGUUUCAAUGUUGUGGAUUUAUUAUUGAAGCCAAAUAUGAUACAUAAAAGCAAUGUUAUUUUUGGUGAAGUAAAAGCAAUGUUUUGGAAGAGAAUGUUCAUGCUUUCCUAAUCGCCUAUAUAUACACAGCUUGUAAUUAAUUUCUAGACUUAAUUAUGUCAUUC